AUAUAGAUGCCUACAGAAUCACACUAUCUAUUAAGAGACUAUAUUUAAAGCUUGAAGAGCCUAAACAAUUAAUGACUAAAAUCACUAAAUCACAGCACUUUCAUUAAUUUCCUGUCAAAUAUAGAGGGAAGGAACAACAGAAAUUGUGCACUAUUGUAAGAGAGCAAUCUUCCGUCUUUAAAAUGAAUCUAAACACUGCUUCCUCAUUUUUUAGUAGUACCUCAUGUUAGGAAACCAGAGAAAACCCGGUGUUCUUAGUGCUCUUGUCUAUAAAGUAGGGAUUAGAUAUAAGUCAUUGUCAUGAUGAAUGUACACACACACUUACACUGAAGGAUAAUGCAUUUCCUAUUUGUAACUGUGGCAUAAGGAUUUCUGUUCACACAUGAGUGAUUAUGACAGAGAUGAUAGUAUUUUUACACUUGAUUGAGAGAAAGAUUAUAAACAGACCGGAAAAAAGAAUGCAUUCCAUUUUUCAAAGGACAGUUGGGGUGAUUUAACAUUUAAACAUUUUAAAGUCUGUCUGAUGACAACUGAAUGGUGUCCAUCAAAUUAAGUUUCUAAUGGACUGGUUGUGAAGACCGUUCAGAUAUGGAUCAUCAUACUUCCAAGUCUUCCUGAGAAAGUUCUUGUGAAAAAAUGUUAAUGGAUGACCAAAGGAUUGCUAUACUAUAGUUCAAAGUUCAAAUUAUCCAUCUGUUUAGAGACCAUGGCCACCUUCUCUUUACAUGAUAUCGAGGUCUCUGUCAGGAAAUGUCAUAUUGAAUCAGAUCAAGACGACUUCAUAGGAAACAACUUUGAAGAUCCUAAAGAACCCAAAUCAGCCCUAUCAAAUGGUAUUAAUGGAGACCUUCUGAUAGAAGAAAAAGACAAGGAAAAUUUAAAUGCGCCCAAGUCUACAGACAUUGUGUGUGUUCAAACAAAACCUAAGCAUCCAUUGUUACGGAAGAGUUCGAACAUUACAAAUGAUUCUGGGCAUAGCUCAGUGAGCGACAACGAAGACAAUGUUUUCAGGGACUUAGAUGACGACAGCAGCAGACGACACAGCUUGACAGUGGUGGAUGCCACUGGACACCUCAAUGUGCCUACUACCUUGGACUGUCUCAAACACACAUCCCAGUCAACAGUUAGUUCAGACCUUCAUCCCGCUUAUCUCCCUUACCAAAGAAAUGUGCCCAGAAUAGCUUACAGUUUAUCUGAAGAAGCUCUAGGUGUUCACAGACUUAGUAGUGGGCGAUCCCCUCAAGGAUCACCACGGUUACGCAGGCAGCCUACAAUGGAGACCAAUAGUUUUUCUGUUGUGGAUGGAGCAGAUGGAUAUGUGCAGUUGAAUCAGUAUAAACUUAAAAACGAAAUUGGCAAGGGUUCCUAUGGCAUUGUAAAACUAGCCUACAAUGAACAAGAUGAUGUUCAUUAUGCAAUGAAAAUACUUUCCAAGAGCCGAUUAAAGAAAAAAGCAGGAUUUUUUAGAAGACCUCCCCCAUCCCGUGAUGGCAAGGCAAUAGCUCGCCCCCUGGCCCCAAUGGAUCGUGUUUACAGAGAAAUUGCAAUUCUGAAGAAAUUAGACCAUCCAAAUGUGGUCCGUUUAGUGGAGGUUUUGGAUGACCCAAAUGAAGACAAUUUAUACAUGGCCUUUGAACUUGUUGAAAAGGGUGAGGUUUUGGAAGUACCGACAGACAAGCCUUUAUCAGAGGACCAAGCCUGGUUAUACAUGAGAGACAUCAUUCUGGGAACAGAGUACUUGCAUUAUCAGAAAAUCAUUCAUCGAGAUAUCAAGCCAUCCAACUUGCUUCUGGGUGAUGAUGGUCACUUAAAGAUUGCCGAUUUUGGAGUCAGUAACGAGUUUACAGGGAGUGACAUCACGCUCACAAAUACAGCAGGCACACCAGCUUUCAUGGCACCUGAAACCCUCAAAGAGGAAAAAGAGAAUUUUAGUGGAAAGGCAACAGAUGUCUGGGCCAUUGGUAUCACACUGUAUUGUUUUGUGAUAGGAAGGUGUCCAUUUGAAGAUGAGUUUCCAUUAAGCCUUCACAAGAAAAUUAUGAAUGACCCUGUAAAGUUUCCUGAAAAGCCUGUUGUGUCAGAGAAGCUGAAAGACCUUAUCCUAAAGAUGUUGGACAAAAUUCCUGAUACGAGGAUAACCCUACCCGAGAUUAAAGAACAUCCCUGGGUGACAAGGGAUGGAAAGGAGGCCCUCCCUACUGAGGAGGAGAACUGUGUCCUUGUGACCUUGACCGAUGAGGACAUUGACAAUGUGGUCAAACAUGUUCCAAAGCUGGAUACUCUGAUUUUGGUGAAGAGCAUAUUGAAACAAAGGUCAUUUAAGAAUCCAUUCAGGGACAAAGCAUAUAUCAAGGAGGAAUUUCAAAAAAGUGGACGUUCUAAUUCCGCUCCAGACACAUUCCAUAGGGUGGUUAGGAGGAAAAUUUCUGCAGAGGCAAAUGUGGAUAAGCCUUUGGCAGAACAUUUCUAAUACCGGUACCAGUGUCAGCCACCUCAAACUCCAUAUAUGCAAACUACAACAAGAGCACCACUUAUGCAUUCAUUAUUCAAGAUUCCUUUCCCCAUUUCAGUGUUAAUAUCUGCUCAAGAGCCUUGAAAAGUUCGCCUAAGUAAUCUUUUGAGUAUCCUUAGUGCAUUCAAGCAAUUUUUACUUUAAUAUUGUGUUUCUCAGUUUUGAUUUGUAUUGACGUGUCAUAGAUGUUGUUUCUCACAUGCCAUUGGUGCAAACUGAAUUUCAUGACUAAUUUGCAGAUAUGAUGAAGAUAAUGUUAAGCCAAUCAUUUUCUUUAGUUGUAGUCUAUUUUUAGAAUAGAUUUUGUUAAUACUAAGCUGUACAGAGAUUUUUUUCUCUUUGUACUACAGUGUAAAUAUAUGUGUAAAUACAAUAUAUUUAUUAUAUAAUUUAUAUUUAUGUGAUCUUAAAGAUGAGAAAAUCAAAAUAAUAUAUAUGUGCAUAGAUUUAUUUAUGGCCAUAUGAUUAUUAUGUAUCAGUAACAUUUACAUAUCUGGUAGGUAAUAUUUUAUUCUUUGUUUUUCUUGGAAAAAAUACUAGGAGUCUUAAUUUUGUGUUUAAUUGUAUUGAAAUAUUUGUUUUUUAUAACUUGGAAUAUACAUAUAUUAUAUAUACAUGUAUAUACAUUCCCACAUAUGUAUGUGUGUGUAUAUAUGUAUAUAUACAUACACAGAGAGAUACACAUAUAUGUGGGAAUGCUGAAACAUACAAAGACUAAGGUCCUAAACCCUACUAUUGAAAAGACAGGGACCAAAUCUCUUACCUCAAAAUAGACUAUUGUAGUUAUUUUCAUUUUAAUCAUUAAAAAACACUUCAGAAUACUACAUGUCAUCGUAUGUGUGUAUAUUUUGACUGUAUGUACAUUUACUGUGAUUAACAGCUAUUUUCUGUGGUUGAAAAUUUUUGCGAUGUGAUCCCUAAAAGUAAAAAAUUCCUUUCUCCGUUCCAAUUUCUGCUAUUGCAUUAUACUACAAAAAAUUAUUGAUGGGAUAUGACUACCAAAUGUUUAGGAAAAAUUAUAAUUUUAAGAACGAAACUUUCAGACAAGAACUUUUUAAAAUUGUAUUACAAACAGUUAAAGCAAUGUUUUACACUCAAACCACUUAAAGUUCUGUGUAAGAGUAGACUAACCAUCAUUAAACAUCACAGAAGAAGACAAUAUUAAGUCAUCAUAAUUAAAUGCAUGACAAUACAUUGUGCACAUGAUGGGAACUUGUACCCUUUGAAUUAUUUUGAUCUUGGGGACCAACACUCCAGUAACUGACCGUUUGGCAGAACUUUAUGUAUCUUAAGAUUGGCAUGUUGACCAUGUUCCCAGCGAAUCAGAAAUAAAGCUCCACUGUUCCACCACUCUACUACUGUUUGUGAAUUGUUUUCAAAUAAUUUUUAUUUCAUACCUCAGGAAGCAUCAGAUCUUAGAAGUGCGGCGUUAGCAGUAUUGAAAUAAAGGUAAAUUCAGGCGUAAAACUACCUUGACUUACAAAAUCACUGACUGUCCAACUGCCCUUGGGAAUAACUGAAUUUAAAACAUUUUUACAAUUGUAAUUUUUGCAGAUUUUUCCUAUCGGAAGAAAAUGGCUGGACUACCACAGAAAAUACGUUGUAAAUACGAUGUGAUGAAGGUGUAACAAUUUUAGUUUACACUGUAGUUUGUGUUAGAGUUUCUGUAUAGUGUAGAAAGAAAAUAUAUUCACCCUAUGGGGCUUUCAGUAACAUCACCAGUGAACUUAACUGCUCAAUGAAUAUUCAUCAAUCCACAUCAUGGUUCCAUAUUUAGUGCUUUAUCUCAUGAAAGCUGAUCUUUUUUAGUAUGCAGAUUCCAAAAUUGUUUAAUUACAUAACUUUAAAAAAUUUCUUUGAGCCUCUAAUGGGACAUGUAUCAGAUAUUGUCCUUGGUUACAAUGUGAUUAAAUUCAAUUUCUUUAAAUACUUUACCUUUAAGCAUCAUUUACAAAUAGAACAAUAUACAUCUAAAAAUAAUUUUCUAGCUGACAAGUGAAAUUGUUCAUCCAUCGAAUAUGAUAGCAUUUUUUCUUCCUGGAUUUUUUUGGUACUCGAUAUAUAUUGAACCAGAUGACACCAUAAAUUGAAUCGUAGAAGACAGCUUAUUUAAAAAAAAAACUGCACCACUAUGGAAAGAAAUUGAAAGCUUUAGGGAAAAAGAUAUAAAAACUGAAUUAAGCUACAGUAAAUAAUGUCUGUGUAUAAUUACAAGUAUGUGAUUUAGUUCAUAAAUUUUAGUUUUGUUAGUCUUGUAUUUAUUAAUAACAUUUAUGGUCAUAUCAUAACUAGCAAGUCUUUUUAUAGCUCCAAAGAUUGCACUAUAUACUAGGAAUAUAUGCAUAUUUUAUGAAUCACUGCAUGCGACUCAAUUUAUAAUGUACUUUACAAAAUUUACACUGUAGAUGUUGGUCAUUUGUACAGAGAGUUUCUGUAUUUUAAAGUAAUUUUCACCUCGUUUUGUAAAUUAAGCAAAAUACAAUAUGACAUAAAAUGAAAUAAACAUUAAUGGACACCAGGAUGCUUUUAUGUACAGGUAUUAUUGCUGCUACUAUUAAAACAGCUACCUAUAGCUACAUAGGACCCCGUACAGCCCUGUUAUUUGAUAAUCACUUUGUGAUUGCCCAUGUACACUUUCAGUUAACAUUUAAGGAUGGAUUCUUGUCAUCAUUCAGACAUUAAUAUGUGCCAUAAGCGAGUGUAUUUUCUUCAGUUAAGUAAGUAAGUAAUUUUUAUUUAAAGUCGGAACUAUAUACAGGUAAACAAUAAACAUGAGCUAAGAGCUCUUUAACCGACUAUAUAGCAUUAAAAAAAACCACAAAGCACUAAUGAUAUAUAAUUGCAUGCAUAGACAUAAAAACAGAAAUUUGAAAUAUAACAGGACGCAUACAUGUAUACAGACAUCACAAGUCAUGCAUAUAUAUACACAGGGACUAGCUAUAUUAAGAUGCGCAUGCAGCACUGAAAACAGUUUGCAACACAAACAUAAAAAUAUGGAUAUAUACAUAGAAUAAAUAAAUAUGCAUACCUAAGAGUUCAGAACUGUGUGGGUCAUGAAACCACAUUACUCUUUCUUUUACUUAGUUUGUACAUUGAAUGCUAAAAUGGGGGUCUGGGGUACUUGAAUUACAAGUAUAUAGGGAACUAAAGCAAGAAAAGAUUUUCAAAACCAUGGGCCUAUAUGGGAAGAAGUCAUUACUAAUAAAAGUUACAGGAUCGAUAUAGUAUUUGUAAGAUAUCAUGAACUUGCUACCUCUCUUGAGAGUCAUUUUAAAUGCCCUAUUCAUAUUAAGUUUUUCCUAAGGGAAAAAAGAAAUGAAAAUCAAUUUCCCCUCUUUGUUGUUUGAUUUGAUACCCCUACUGUAUUUUGUCAUUAUGUAUCAUAUUGCACCUUAAUGAAAUCACAAGUAAAUACAAUUUAUAUAUUUCUAGGUUCUUCGAUUGGAAAAGAGAGUGACCUUGAAAUGACGUUGACGGACACUUUUCUGUACAUUAAAAAAACCCAGUAGAUAUUUAGUUCUUGCAGAAAAAAUAUCGCAUCUCAAUGCAUCCAAUAUAAGAAGAAUCCAUCCUUAAGAAAUAACCACUUUAAAAACUUUACUGGGAUAUGAAGUGGGGUGGUCACAUGAUCAUAUGCUGUGAAGCUGAGGGCUUCUCCUUGCAUUAUAUCAUGUAUUGCACUACAUCAUAUUCCUGGCAGUAACAUCUUAAAAUGGUUGAGAUAAACAGGCAGUUAUAGAAUAUGACAACACCAACAGUACACCACAAAGAUCGACCCAGUGACCCCAAAACAAAGGGAAACCUCCUCAAGUUUUCAAAUCCUGUGAUAUUAUUGAAUAUGAUGUCAUGUCCCAAGGAUUUCCAUCAUCAUCAUGUUUGUACUUUUGAGAUGGAUCGUUGGGACAGAGUAAAGAGGGGCUCAGUUUGAAUGAGUUGAGGAAUGGGAUGUAGAGUCGUGUAGCUAAUGUUUGUAUAUUUGAGAUGGAUGGUUGGGGCUCAGUUAAAGUUUGAAUGAGUUGAGGAAUGGGAUGUAGAGUCGUGUAGCUAAUGUUUGUAUUUUUGAGAUGGAUGGUUGGGGCUCAGUUAAAGUUUGAAUGAGUUGAGGAAUGGGAUGUAGAGUCGUGUAGCUAAUGUUUGUAUUUUUGAGAUGGAUGGUUGGGGCUCAGUUAAAGUUUGAAUGAGUUGAGGAAUGGGAUGUAGAGUCGUGUAGCUAAUGUUUGUAUAUUUGAGAUGGAUGGUUGGGGCUCAGUUAAAGUUUGAAUGAGUUGAGGAAUGGGAUGUAGAGUCGUGUGGCUGAUGGUGAUGCUGUGUCUAUACAUUGUAUUACUUUUUUAACAACUUCGUCUUCCUUUCUGAGCUAUUGAUUUAUUCUGGUUACACCCUUUACGAUCAAUAUGAAUGCUUCGAACUGGUGACUAAUGUUAUGACCUUUGACCCCCCCCCCCCCCCCCAAAAACUUAAUUGGAAUUUGGACUUUGUUUUGGUAUGUUUACAUAACACAAGAGUACCUUUUAAAAAUGCAUACAUAGGGUAUUAAUUUUUGACAUUGCAUGUAUCAUAUUAUGUCAGAGCUGGUCUCUGUUACAGCUUUGGUGUAAAAUUUCAUAUUUUUGUAAUUAUUGUAAUUUACAAUGCACUUAGGGUAUUGAAUAUAUGUUUUAUUGUUCCCAUUAUUGUGAAUAUUUCUAAAAAUUACUUUGAUGCAUUGAUUGUCGAAUUUCAAAUGAAUAUUAAAUUAUGACAAAGACUCGCAA